UCUGGAUCAUGAAUUAAAAACCUGUCUUACAGCACAUUCUAUGCCAAGAAGAGGACUUUUUCUCCAGCAAUGAGUUUCCCAUCUCACCUGCAUUUCUUGGAUCUCAACCUGAGCGCCACAGAAGGCAACCUUUCAGGACCCAGUGCCAAGAACAAAUCUUCGCCAUGCGAAGACAUGGGCAUUGCUGCGGAGGUAUUUCUGAUUCUGGGUCUCAUCAGCCUCUUGGAGAACGUCUUGGUCAUAGGGGCCAUCGUGAAGAACAAGAACUUGCACUCUCCCAUGUACUUCUUCGUGUGCAGCCUGGCAGUGGCCGACAUGCUGGUGAGCAUGUCCAAUGCCUGGGAGACUAUCACCAUACACUUAAUCAACAACAAGCACCUGGUGAUCGCCGACGCUUUUGUGCGUCACAUUGACAAUGCCUUUGACUCCAUGAUCUGCAUCUCUGUGGUGGCUUCCAUGUGCAGCUUGCUGGCCAUCGCGGUGGACAGGUACAUCACCAUCUUCUACGCCCUGCGCUACCACCACAUUAUGACCGUGAGGCGCUCCGGGGUGGCCAUUGCCUGCAUCUGGGCCUUUUGCACCGGCUGCGGCGUCGUGUUCAUCAUCUAUUACGAAUCCACUUACGUCGUCAUCUGCCUCAUCUCCAUGUUCUUCACCAUGCUCUUCCUCAUGGCGUCUCUGUAUAUACACAUGUUCCUCCUGGCACGCACCCACGUCCAGCGCAUUGCAGCUCUGCCUGGGUCCGGUUCCGUGCAGCAGAGGGCCGGCGUGAAGGGCGCCGCCACCCUCACCAUGCUGCUGGGAGUGUUCAUUGUCUGCUGGGCCCCGUUCUUCCUCCACCUCAUUUUAAUGAUCUCUUGCCCUCAGAACCUCUAUUGCUCUUGCUUUAUGUCUCACUUCAAUAUGUACCUCAUACUGAUCAUGUGUAAUUCUGUGAUCGACCCUCUUAUAUAUGCCUUCCGCAGCCAAGAGAUGCGGAAGACCUUUAGAGAGAUUGUUUGUUGCCAUGGCUUCAGAAUAACCCGCACGUUCCGAAGCAGAUGUUAA